CUUCACACAUUAGUAUCCUUCCGUGUACCUAUAAAAUAACAAUUUAAAAUUUACAGCAAGUUCGUUUUUGGAAUGAACGGUUUGAGAGACAUUAUAUUCUGAAAUGUUGACUUUUUAUUACGACUUAUAGAUACGACAGAUAUCAUUUAUUGUAUAAAGGAAAAUAUAACUUGUCUCGUCAUAAUGCAAUGUAAUGCAUAGAACGAUUGAAAAGACGGAGACGUUUUUGCUUACUGUAGGUGAUCACGUUCAACGAAAUAUGAAAAAGACUUAUGGAUUACCUUACCUAAGGACCGCAACAAUACCACAACACGUCUAAAGACUGAAACCGUUCAAGCAUUGUUUUAAGAUUGGCGACAGGCUUGAUACAUGUUUUAUCAUGAAAUAGCAGGAAGCAAAUGAAUGUUGCUGCCCAGAUUGAAGUCGAUGGCGCCAUGCUGAAUACAUUAUUGUGAAUAUGAACUAUCCAACUAUAUGCAUGAACUUUUAUAGUGAAAAUUAAAGUAAGAAGUGUGUUUCCAGUAUGGCCAAACUAAAAAGCUUCUAUAUAACAUUUGCUAAUACGAAUGGAGUUUGUUAUUCUGGGAAGGAGCUCGAAGGAGCCGUAGUAUUAGACCUGACAACCAAAUACAAAGUGAAAGAACUCCGCUUACGUUUCCGUGGCUACGCCUUAGUCCAUUGGACAGAGCACCACUCCAGCGGUCAAGGAAAGAGUAAACGGACAGUGACCAAGCACUAUACUGGCGAAGAACUAUACUUUGACCACACGGUCAUAUUGUUUGCGUCCGGUGGUGACUUCUGUGAAACAUUAACAGCAGGAGAGCACAAAUAUCCGUUUGAGUUCCAGGUGCCCUCGACAUGUCCAACUUCCCACGAGGGCACAUGGGGUCGAGUCAGAUAUGAAGCUGUGGCUACUGUAGAAAAAAUGUUUGGUGUUGGUCUUUCUACCAUCUGCGGUUUCACCGUAAUCAGUCCAUUCGAUUUAAAUGAAGAUCCCCGAGCACGAGAGAGCAUCACAGCAGAGAAUGAGAUGUCCCUGUGCUGUCUGUGCUGUAAGUCCGGUCCCAUAUCCGCAUCUCUCUUCCUGGACAGUGUCGGAUUUGUUCCGGGUGAGGGAAUCCCAAUCAGAGCGGAAAUAGCAAACCACAGCAACAGAAAGAUAGCUGACAUGACAGCAUCAUUGCAGAUGAUUGUCAAGUACUACGCUGUAAAGAAGGUGCGAACUCACACAAAUAUCAUCGCCUCAAUCACUAAGAACGAUUUCGUCUCGGAAAACUCCAAGUUGGUCAAAUGGUCUGGGGACAAACUCGUAGUACCCGUCGUGCCCCCGUCCUUCGUAGCCGGUUGUCAUAUAAUCGACAUCAGCUAUGUGUUAGAGCUGAUAGUCAACCCUGCCGGUCCGUCCUUCAAUCUGCCAGUCAAGAUGGAAGUUAUUAUAGGGACCAAACCCCUAAAAGGGGCAUGGGAAACGCCAGUCAUAUCUAAGAACAUGCCCUCCCGAGUCCCCGACCCAAUAGGGAUAGAGGAAGACAAAUAUUUGGAAAAGAACGAGACACUUCCUUCUAGAAUGCAUGCCACUACUGACAACGUCAAUACUGGAAAGUCCACAGAUAGCAACGGUACUGCAAACAUUGAACCAACCAUGACUUAUGUAGAUUGUAUACUCGGAUCCGUAGACCUUGUGGAUAACGACGAGUUCGAGGAUAUCCCAGGGCCCGUGAACUUCACGCCUAAGUACACCUACUACAGCCUCAGGGACAGUCAGUCCUCUUACUCCAGUCCAGCCAAAAAUUGGCUAACGUGACCAGGUCUCCAAGGAGAUGUAAAUCAAGAUGAUGCUUAACACAUUGGUACAUCGGACUAGUUAUAUCCUAAAUGCUGCAAAUAAGUCCAGCUGCCUAUAAGCAUCUGGGAUGUUUAGGUGUUCAACGCAACUUUGAGUUAUCAAAGGAUAGCACAUAGGACAACUUAAUAGGCUUUAAUAGCACUUUUGAAUAUUAAUGACACCACUUUGUCUUUCUAUGAGUCGUUGUUGAUGCCAGGAGCCAGACGUUUGGAAAUUCAGAAGGAAGAUAAGAGUCAAGUAAUAUAUACAUAAUAUAUUGAAUGAUAAGGACAAGAGGCCCAUGCGCCUGUAGCGCUCACAUGGUACAUAUGAGAUAUUGAGAAGGCUAUUCAUUUGCAAUUCUAUCGUUGGUAUUGAAGAACGUGUUACAGUCGAUUGUAUGACAGACCCAACAUUUAUACAAAAGAUCAGCUCAGAUCAUUUGGACCAAUCUCUGUGAUUUCUUCAGAAUGAGAAAGAUUUUAAACAAAUUGUUCAAUUCUCCAUAUUGUACCCACAAUUUUAUAUGAAAACAAGAGGCCUGUUUCGCUUAUCGCAUAAUAAUUUUCAAGUUCAAUUCGUUAAUUGCUUUAUUUGUUGAUGUGCAGCAAUGCUUUAUAUGGUUAGGGGAGGUGGUUCUCAACGAUUUCAAAUAUAUAACAAAGAAAGUAAGUCCAUUAGGUUGAGAAAAGACCCCAUAUGCCUGUUUUUACAUAAGGAUUGUGUUUAUAUAGUUAUAGGGUUGGGAUCUAAAUGGUUUCAAAUAUAUAUCCAAGAAACUAAAUCCUUCGGGAUAUGAAAGACUCCAAGGCUUAUAUUUACAACAGGAUUGUGUUUGUUUGUGUCCAGCGAUGCUAUAUAUGGUUAUGGUGUGUGGAUCUCAAGGGUUUCAAACACAUAAUCAGGGGGUCAGUAUCACCAUUUAUGCAAAAACUGUUUAUCUUCUCCAAAGGAAGUGUCUGACCAAACUUGGUUCAAAUUAUUUCAGUACUUUGUGACAAGUAGCGAUUUAAAGGGUUUACCCCUAUUUCCCCUUUUGGCCCAACCCCUCUGGCCCCAGGGAGUCAGACUCGCCAUUUAUGCAAAAUCAGUUCCGCCUCCCGUACGUAUGCCUCUGGCCAAAUUUAGUUCAAAUUCAUUGAGUACUUUGUCACAAGUAACGAUUUAAAGGACUCGCCCCUCUCGCCCCGGGAUCAGACUCACCAUUAUUCAAAAUCUGUUCCCCUUCCCCUAAGGAUAUUUCUGACCAAACCUGGUUAAAAUCUAUUAAAUACUUUCUAACUAGUAGCGAUCUAAAGGAAAUGUUGACGGACGACGUCUAAUGAGGCCCAUUUACCCAAGAAUGCAUCAUACCUUUCAUCAAAGGUCUGUCAUUCCUGCGGAAUAUUGGUCCCCCGCACUUGAUACCCCGAAUGGGUCAAAUCCAACAUUUGUACAAUUUCAAAACUUGAUUCCCUGACCCAGGGCUACUCUAGGCCAACUUUGGAUGGUGGUCUUGAAAAGGAAUGGAAACAAAGGGACAUGACUCUUUAAUACUUGCACAUCCUGCCCUGUAUUUACCAUGAUAAAUUAAUUAUAGAUUUUUAGAUAUGUUUAAGACAACUGCACCUUUUGAGGUCAGGUUUCAGUAUCUUGCUUCAUAUUUGUAAUCCAAAUGUCCAUGAAUCGAAUUCCUAGCUAAGGUGUUACAUAUUUCUAUUAUCGUUUUAUCUUCAACUGCCUUAAAAAUUACUAAAAUAUCAUAUCAACUACCUUACGACCUAUACGUAAAUAUAUCAACUACCUUACGGCAUAUCCUGAAAUAUGAUAUCAACUAUCUUACGACAUAUGCUAAAAUAUCAUAUCAUUCCGUAUUAAACAAGCCACAUUGAAACAAA